AUGGGAGACCGGAGACAGAGAUGUUCCUUGCAGCCAUGGGUACUGAGGGCAACGCCGGCACAAGUGCCGUGCAAGCCCUGGUGCAACGACAAUAAGCCUGCUAAGUGUAUGAUCACACCCGACAAGGAGACUUUCAAGAUCCCCACUUCGCUAGAUGGCCGAAAAUGGGUAUUUGUGAAGGAAGGACUGGAACACUUUCAGAAAACCCCACCACCUUCUGAAAAUUUGACCACUGAAGGAUCCAAGGGGCCCUUUCUGCCGACGAUUUCUCACAAAUCUUCCCCCACGAGUCCCACAAAGAUGCCCAACAAUGCAAAUGUGUAUUCUUCACUUUCGCAAUCCCAGCAAGCACGCAGGGCAUUUGUGGAAAACCUCGAAGCCAAAAUGACACGGAAACAUCCGUUGGCUCUCUACCCGAAUCUGGAAGACGGUAUAUCCAAAGAGCUCUUACUGGAGGUGCUGGAAUUGCUAGACCCUGAAAGGAAGCUGGAGAGUACCUGGAAUUAUUGUGAGCAUAGCAAGAAAGUAAAAAAGUCCAAGAAACCCAUCAAGACAUCUAAACAGUCGAAAGCCAUGAAAAUGUGCCUGAAUCCUCCCCCAAUUCCUGGCACCCGUGUAGAUCUUGUGCCUCUGAAAAAAACCAAGGUCCCAAAGGCAUUAUUUGAGGCGGUCAUGCGGAGAUACAUACCCAAAACAGUCUAUAAGUUCUGCGACUGGGUUCAGACACUUGGAGACGUGGACAUUGAUGAAGACUUAGUGGCGGAUCACUUUGACCUUGGAUAUGAGUGCAAACCAAUCUAUACAGAUUGUCACAUCAAGAAAAUAAAUAGAAUGCCUUUAGAGGCCAGGCAGUGUAGGAAAUUAAGCAGAGUGAAACAGAUAAGAUUUUCCAUCCAGGAAAGCAAUUUUGAGAAGAAAUUCCGGAAGCCACCUGAUCCGUAUAAAAUCCACUGGGAGAAGAUAAGGUAUGGAGCUUGGUACCUGAAACCUUGUUUGUGGAAAAAGCUAGUCAAUGAUGAGCCUCUGAUUGACCCCAAGGUCUUCAUUGAGAAACCUUAUCCCCCAGAUAUCAUUGAUGAACUUUAUGGAACAAUUGCAUUUAAGGAUUACAUCAUGAGCAAAGGCUACAAUAUGCCAGCUAUCCUUGAGAAGUUUUUCUUCAGGAAGGGAUGGGAUUACCAUGAUGUUAAUACUCCUAUCCCGAGAGUAGUAAGAGCUCAUGAACUGAAAUAUGCGGAGGCAGAUGAGGACGAUGAUGAAGACUUCGAUGAUUUUGAUGACUACGGCUAUUAUAAUUUAUAA